AUGACGGAGAAAACGUCUUCCUCACUGCCGGACGAGGCCUGUCACCGCUUCCCUGAAAUGCAGGGUGGCUCAGUGACCUCUCAGGAACGCUCCUCCUUGGGGCCUAGGUGUGGCCUCACCAUUGAGCCAAGGCCCGACGGCAGUGCUCUCCAGAAACCACAGAGGCUGCGGCUGCACCUCUCCGCGCUCCCUCUCCUCGCUGCAGGUCGCCGGUACCUCCCAGAAAGGCGCUCAUGUACGUGGCUGGUGGCCCCUGCUGUUAGUGGCUGCUGCCCGGAAGAUGCCACUCGAUCUCCUGGUGGCCCAGAGACCCCCCUCCGAGGGCCGGGAGCAGCGCGUGCCGAGCGCAGAGGGCGCGGGUGCCCCCCGGCGGCCGCGCGCCAGCGGCUGCCUCAGGCCGACGCCCCGGAGCGCGCGCGGGAAGCGCUCCUCGUCCGCCCGGCGCCGGGCCCGACCGAGCGCAAGGCCGCGCGCGUGCUGCGGGGGGUGGCGUUUCCGCUCUCCCGGGUGUGCGGGGGUGACACCGGGACGGGCGCCGGGGCCGGAGCUCUGAGGGCACGGCCGCCAGCAGCGGAGCCGCCUGCAACCGUCUCCCAGGUGGGCAGGACAUCGAGGGCCGUUCCAGCACAGCCCCCCGUGCGGCGCGAGGCCACGAAGGGGCGCUCCCCGCCUCGCAGCCCGUCCCCGCCGGGGCCCGGGGCCGGGCUGAGGGGGAGCCGGGGCGCCCAGCCCGAGCGGCCCUGCGCGCGCCGAGGCCUCGGGCAGCGCCGGCAGCCCCGCGCCCCACCCCGCGCCAGCCGCCUCCGGGAGGCGCGCCGGGAUGCGACUCCGAGAGCCGGGGGCGGCGCGCCCAGGGCGCGCGCCCAGCCGCCGCCCGCAGGGCCCCGCUCGCUCCCGGCCGGAGCCGCUUCCCGUCCCACCCGCACGCCGAGGCCCUGCGCGCGGCCGGGGAGGGCGGCUCGGGCCCCCGCACGCCGGCCCCGCCCCCGAGCCUGGCCCCGCCCCGCCUCGGGUCCUGCCCCGCCCCCGAGCCUGACCCCGCCUCGCCCCCGAGCCUGGCUCCGCCCCCCCGAGUCCCGCCGUCGCCUUGGCUGCCCGCGCGCGCCCCUGCGUCAGCGGGCGGGGGCGGGGCAGGGCGGGCUGGAGGCGUCGGCGCUGCCACGUCGGGGCCGCGGCUCGCGCAGCGGCGGCCGCCGGGAGGCCGCGGCGCGCGCGGCGGAGGUGGGGCUGGCGCUGAAGCCGGAUCCCGACCCGGAUCCAGCGCCGUGCGCCCGCGCGGCCGAGAGUCCGCCGGGCCUGGAGAGGAGCGCCGGCGGCGGGCCUCCGCGGGUGAGGGCCCGGGCCGGGGGGCGGGCGGGCGAGGGUCUGCUCGGGAGCCGGGCGCGUCCCUCGGCGGUCGGGGCGCGGGGUCCCUCGCGGAGGCGGCGGGCCUGCGGCGCGGGGGGCUGGGGCGGCCGCUCUCGGCCUCUGCCGCCGUCGGCCCCGCGGAGGGCGCGCACGGCCCGGCCGCCCCCCGCGCCUGUGCUGCCCGCGCCGCCCGGCCGGCCCGGCGGGUCCCGCUGCGGCAGAGACGGGCCCCCCGCCUGGCGCGGAGCCGAAGGGCGACGGCGGGACUCGGGGGGCGGGGAGCGAAGCCCGGAGGGCCCUCGGCCUCCGGAGCCGGGCUGGCGGGCGCGCUCCCGGGCGGCGCGGGCACCGCCGGCCUCCUCGGGGCGCGAGCUGGGCGCCGGGGGCCGUCCCCGUGCCUGCGGGCCGUCGGCGGUGGCUCCCGGGGCCGCGCCUGAGCGCGCCGCGCUCCUGGGGAGGCCGGGGGCCCGUGACCCGCCGGGGGUGUUGCCGCCCUCGACCGACGUGCGACCGCGUGGUUGA